AUCGGGGCGCGCGCGGCGGACAGCGCCGUGGUUGCCGGAAGUUGGGCGGCGCAGGCAGUAAAUAAUGGCGGCAGUUAUGGGGGAUCCCGGACUCUCCAAAUUGCAGUUUGCCCCCUUCAGCAGUGCCUUGGAUGUUGGAUUCUGGCAUGAGUUGACCCAGAAGAAGCUGAAUGAGUAUCGGUUGGACGAAGCUCCCAAGGACAUUAAGGGUUAUUACUACAAUGGUGAUUCUGCUGGGCUGCCAGCUCGCUUAACGUUGGAGUUCAGUGCUUUUGACAUGAAUGCUCCCACACCAGCCCGCUGCUGCCCCGCGGUUGGAACGCUGUAUAACACCAACACACUCGAGGCUUUCAAGGCUGCAGAUAAGAAGCUACUUCUGGAACAGGCAGCAAACGAGAUCUGGGAAUCCAUCAGAUCGGGGGCUGCUCUCGACCACCCUGUCCUCCUCAACAAGUUCCUCCUCUUGACGUUUGCGGAUCUAAAGAAGUACCACUUCUACUAUUGGUUUUGCUCCCCCGCUCUCUGCCUUCCAGAGAGUAUACCCCUCAUUCGGGGGCCAGUGGGCUUGGAUCAAAGGUUCUCACCACAACAGAUUCAAGCCCUUGAACGAGCAUAUGAUGAUCUUUGUCAAACAGAAGGAGUCCCAGCACUGCCUUACUUCUUAAUCAAGUAUGAUGAGAACAUGGUGCUGGUUUCCUUGCUUAAACACUACAGUGAUUUCUUCCAAGGUCAAAGGACCAAGAAACCUGGAGAAAUUAGGCAUGGCCUGCCUGCAGGAGAAGCCCUUCCGGAAAUUUGCAAGGUAACCGGUUCAGAAGGCCCCGGAGCAUCCAGGAAGAUAACUAUUGGUGUAUAUGAUCCCUGUAACUUAGCCCAGUACCCUGGAUGGCCUUUGAGGAAUUUUUUGGUCCUAGCAGCCCACAGAUGGAGUAGCAGUUUCCAGUCUGUUGAAGUCCUCUGCUUCCGGGACCGCACUCUGCAGGGGGUGAGAGACGUCACCCACAGCAUCAUCUUCGAAGUGAAGCUUCCAGAAAUGGCAUUUAGCCCAGAUUGUCCCAAGGCAGUUGGAUGGGAAAAGAACCAGAAAGGAGGCAUGGGACCAAGGAUGGUGAACCUCAGCGAAUGUAUGGACCCUAAAAGGUUAGCUGAGUCAUCAGUGGAUCUAAAUCUCAAAUUGAUGUGUUGGAGAUUGGUCCCUACUUUGGACUUAGACAAGGUUGUGUCUGUCAAGUGUCUGCUGCUCGGAGCUGGCACCUUGGGUUGUAAUGUAGCCAGGACAUUGAUGGGUUGGGGCGUCAGACACAUCACAUUUGUGGACAAUGCCAAGAUCUCCUAUUCCAACCCUGUGAGGCAGCCUCUGUAUGAAUUUGAAGAUUGCCUGGCGGGUGGUAAGCCCAAGGCCCUGGCUGCAGCAGACCGGCUCCAGAAAAUAUUCCCCGGAGUGAACGCCAGAGGGUUCAACAUGAGCAUCCCCAUGCCGGGACACCCAGUGAACUUCUCCAGCGUCACCCUGGAGCAGGCCCGCAGGGAUGUAGAGCGGCUGGAGCAGCUCGUCGAAGGCCAUGAUGUCGUGUUCCUGCUGAUGGACACCCGGGAGAGCCGAUGGCUGCCCACCGUCAUCGCCGCGAGCAAGAGAAAGCUGGUAAUCAAUGCUGCCUUGGGAUUUGACACAUUUGUUGUCAUGAGACAUGGCCUGAAGAAGCCUAAGCAGCAGGGAGCCGGGGACUUGUGUCCCAGCCACCCUGUGGCACCUGCCGACCUCCUGGGCCCAUCACUUUUUGCCAACAUCCCUGGCUACAAACUUGGCUGCUAUUUCUGCAAUGAUGUGGUGGCCCCGGGAGAUUCAACCAGAGACCGGACCUUGGACCAGCAGUGCACUGUGAGUCGUCCGGGACUGGCCAUGAUUGCAGGAGCCCUGGCGGUGGAAUUGAUGGUUUCCGUUUUGCAGCAUCCAGAAGGGGGCUACGCCAUUGCCAGCAGCAGUGACGACCGCAUGAAUGAGCCUCCAACCUCUCUCGGGCUCGUGCCUCACCAGAUACGAGGAUUUCUGUCGCGAUUUGAUAAUGUCCUUCCUGUCAGCCUGGCGUUUGACAAAUGUACAGCUUGUUCUUCCAAAGUUCUUGAUCAGUAUGAACGAGAAGGAUUUAAUUUCCUGGUGAAGGUGUUUAAUUCUUCACAUUCCUUCUUAGAGGAUUUGACUGGUCUUACGUUGCUGCAUCAAGAGACCCAGGCUGCUGAGCUGCACGGCUUUGAGACAGCAUCAUGGGCGGCGCCGGGUGAAUGAACGCUCUGAACGUCUCCUGUUCUCCACGCAGAUCUGGG